AUGCCUUCAGGAUUCACCGAUGCCCUUCUCUACUUCAAGCGGACCCUCAGCUUUCGCUCACGACUGUCGCUGAGAAACCGCCUUCGCCGUCGCCGUCUUCGUCGUCCUAUCAAAAUAUCCGCACCCAUCCCACACGACUCCAUGGAACUGGAUGCUAACGCCACAGUAGACGGGUUUGCCACUCGUCCAGAGUCUGGGGUAUUUUACCUAGUCCCCAACAAACACGGGAAAGGCAAGACUAUCGUCAGGAGAGCAGGCCGUCCGCUAUCAUCGACACCUCUCAACGAGGAUUUCGACGCCGUCACCCAGGGUGGCACCACUUCCAAAGGUGCAGCGACUACUGUCGGCACAAGUCGCAGGCGCCCUAUUCUCGCCAUUCGAACAACCUCACCUUUCGUAGAAAAGGACGAGGGAUCCGUAGGACGAAUGACGACACCGAGGCCCCGAUUCGAUCCAAUGAGGGUUUUCCGCAAUAGCUUUCGGACUAAAACUCCUCGUGAAGCUCCUGCUGUCAAUGGUCGCCAGUGGAAAGGGAAGGAGAGGGCGACGGAUGACAACGGGGAGAUCGAUCACAAGGCCGCUGCAAAGGCGAUGGGGAUACGUGAGUGGUUGAAGGGCAAGUCGGGCUCGGACAUCCAUCGGGCAGCCACCUUGCCAGCUCGACGAUUAGAGGACAGCGGGACACCAAGCCAUCCCAUGAAGACUCGCCAGACGGUCGGAGGUGUCAAGGACCUUUUCAGAGACCGACACGCUGGCUCUUCUACUCGCGACCGGGGUCCAAAACCCGGCCAGAGGUACGAAAUGAUCAACCGGCGCAUCGUCGAAAACAGCGAGGACAGGACGGUUGAGAUUUCGAUGUGGAAGCAGCAUACGCCCGGGGAAGUCCGGCCGGAGGACGCGGACAGGAUGAGCAUCUAUUACCUCAGUGCGGAUGAUUACGCUCGGGAAGUCGAAGGGAACACUCUGGUCGAGUGGAUGGUCGCAGACCCGGCGACGAAUGGACAGACCCAUCAGUCGUUAUCUAAUAGCGGGACGAAGAUGGAUCCGCCUCAGAGUCCACCUCGGAUGGAGCCGCGCCGCCAACGCCCAGAGCAGAGUAGGGCCGUCCAUCGUCGUGAGGGCACGAUUUCACCCAGCACGAGCGAAAAAGAGGGCUCGCCCGUUGCCAAGGGCCCCUCCCGCUCUAUCACUCAAUCUCGCCGAAGCCCGCCUCUCCCUCCGCUGCCUCUCAGCUCUCAACGAAAGGAGAAACGACGCUACAAGGAGUCCACCCCAAUCGAGAAGGAUCUUCCCCGCUCGCCGUUCAACCCUACCGACUCUGGGUCUACAAUCAGCAGCAUCAAGAGCGCGUCGAUCCUCGAGCUUGAGGGUGUUUUGGCCGAAUGCGAGCCGUCGCUGGUGCAUAUCGCACCGAUCCUGAAGAGUUUGGGUAUCAGAAGUGUGGAUCACCUCAAGGCGGUCGCGCGUCUGACACCGACGACGAGGGAUCGCGAGGUCAAAGAGGACGCGCUGAGGCUUGGGAUCACGGUCAUGGAGUGGGCUAUUUUCGUUGACAAGAUCUUUGCUUUGUAG